CUAACUAAAAACGUGGCUCCCAUAACAGUGAGUGAGCACCACUUUUACUUCACAUGCAAUGAAGUAACAAAUUCCUUAUAUAGUCAAACCCGUCAAACCUGAUAACGAAUUGGUAAAAAUUAUUGUGUUAAGAAAAAAUUAAUCUAUUACGAUUUAAAUUCGAGAUGGAGACUGUUUUGCAACAAAAAGUGAUAGAAGCAACUCAAUGUAUUGAAAAACAAUUAGACGCUGAAUUAGAAAAGUUGGACAAUUUGGAUAUUAAUGAUUUUGAAAAAUUGCGUGAAAAUCGAUUAAAAAAGUUAAAAUUGCAUCAACAACAAAAACAAAAUUGGCUAUCUUUGGGCCAUGGAGAAUAUUUAGAAGUGUACGAUGAAAAAGAAUUUUUUGAAGUAUCAAAAAAAUCUGGAAAUAUUGUUUGUCAUUUCUAUAAAGAUGAUUCACCAAGAUGUAAAAUAGUGGAUCACCAUCUUAAAAUACUUGCUAAGAAACAUAUUGAAGCAAGAUUUUGUAAAUUAAAUGUAGAACGGUGUCCAUUUUUAACUGAACGUUUAAGGAUCAAAAUUAUUCCUACAAUUGCUCUUAUUUUAAAUAGUAAAACUACAGAUUAUAUUGUAGGGUUUACUGACCUGGGAAAUCGUGAUGAUUUUUCCACAGAAACAUUGGAAAACAGAAUUUCACUCUCAGGUGUAAUCAGAAUUGACGACAAUUUUUCUUCAGAAAAAGAAGAAAAACCAUGGUUACCGCAGGGUUUAAAAUCAAAAACUAUUAGAGAAUCUGAUUCACCAAACUUUGAUGAUUCAGAUAUUGACUAAAAAUAUUCAUAAUAAUUAAGAAAAAUUUAUUCAUAUACAUAUUAUUUAUGUUUUUGUUAAAUCGCUUCUUUUCAUUCUAAAUUAUAAGUUUAUUUGUAUUAAAAAUUUUUACCAAUGUAACACUUCAUUAAUAAAAAUUCGCAAUUAUUCAAUCAAUAUAUUUCAGUGUAUAAAAUGUGUGUUAAUAUUUUAGUACUAAUUAUAAGAUAUCAAUAAUUACAAGAUAUAAUUAUUAUAUUCUUCUAAUAUAUAUUUUGUACAUUUUGUUAACAAUAUACUUACUGUUAUAAGAAUAUAAAAAUACUUUUAAAUUAUUUUAUCAUUUAAAUGAAAUAAAAAUAUGUAAAUUCUUUAGCAUUAUUCUCUGAGUUUAUAAGAUCAAAGGUAAAAAUAGAGUCCUCAGAAUGUAAUGAUAUAAUGUAUAUAAACAAAGUAAACUAAUUGUAAAAAAUCUAAUAUUUUUUUGAGAAUAAUUUUGAAAUAGCGUUUACUCAUGAAUAUUAUGUGAACAUAAUGCAAUUGUAUAUUUGCAAAAAAUAUGUGAAAAUCUUAGUAUUUUUUUAAAUUUGAAGUUAUAAAAUAGUAAACUAUGAAAAUAAUAUUACUAAAAAAUGCUAUUUAAAUUCAUUUGAUUUGACUAUAUUUAAUGAUAGUUCCUUAAAUUUUAAUGUUAUUACACUAUAAAUAAUCCAUAAAACAAUAUGUAACUCAUUACAUUGUUUUAUUUUACAGUAAAGGUGAUAUAUGGCGUAUGCAUUGAACAUUAACAACAUUAUUUUUCAAAUUUUCAAUUGAAUCUGAAAUUAAAUAUAAUUGAGAAUAUAUUUUAAUGUUAUUAUUCUAAACAUGCUACUUGUAUACAUGCAUCAUUUCUUGCAUAUAUGUACAAGAAAUUUAUGUUAUUUAGUUUUACAUGUUUAAGAUAAAUUGAAUUUAGUGAGAAAAUAUUCUGUUUCUUAGAUUUGUAUAUAUUUAAUAACUAACUUGUAAUAUUAUAAUUAUGCAAUGUAUCACAGAGAUAAUUUUGCAUACCUUAUAAAUUAUAUGUACACAUUGAAAUAAAAAUUUAUUUAUACUAAUGCA